AUGCAUCGCGCAUUGUCAGCUCGAUGGCUCAAUCGGGCUCUCAGUAUCGGUGAAGCAUCUGCUUCACCGAGUGUUCCUCUAUUCCUAUGUCCAGCUGUUGGAGUGUCAAGCCGAUUUUAUAGAACACCAAGAGCGGCGCUGUUACAGACUACCAUUUAUACUCGACGAUUUAAUCAUACCGAAGCGACGACAACUCAUGAAGAGCCACCACCACCAACAACGACAACAGAAAAAACUCCUUCCCUUUUCGACCCAGAACUUCCUCGAAGAAAAUUACCAUUAAAUUGUACAGGAUGUGGUGCCUUUACACAAACCACCGAUCCACAGCUACUAGGUUACUUCGAUCCUGAGAGUAAAAGAGUUAAGAAAUGGUUGGACCCGAAGGCUUUUGAACAUCAACAUACGGCGACUGAAGAGGAUGGAGUUGUCGACGAUGUUCUUAAGACACUGGAUCAAAGCCAAUUAGAAGCCCUUGGCUUAGAUCCCUCCCUCUUAGUGUCCGGGGCUGAGACGGAGGGAAGUGUUGCCCCCAAAGCGCCUCAGAAAGAUAAACAGCCUGUAUGCGACCGAUGUCACAACCUACAGCACUAUUGCACGACAAGCGACACAGCGAAGGUUGCUAUGUACCAUCCCACCGUGGAGUCACUGCGCGAAACGAUCGAGGAGUCGCCACACAAGUACAACCACAUAUACCAUGUUAUCGACGCCGCCGAUUUCCCGAUGUCACUCAUUCCUCGACUGAAUGUUCUGUUGGGCGACAUUCCUAUCAGGACUCGCAACCGCCGAUCGCGCGGAGGUAAGUUCCAGAAGGAUCGCCAGACGGAACUGAGCUUUAUUAUCACCCGUGGUGACCUGCUUGGUCCUACAAAGGAAAUCGUCGAUUCGAUGAUGCCCUACUUGCGCGAAGUGCUUCGAGACGCUCUGGGGCGACUUGGAAACAGAGUCCGACUGGGCAAUGUCAGGUGUGUUAGUGCAAAGCGGGCCUGGUGGUGCACAGAUGUCAGGGAAGAUAUCUGGCAACGCGGAGGUGCAGGAUGGAUGGUUGGAAAGGUCAACGUGGGUAAAUCUCAGCUAUUUGAAGCUGUCUACCCCAAAGGUAGGAUGGGGCCGGCUAAGGAUACAGGGCGAGCAUCGGUGGCAACAUACCCCCGGGAUGUCAUUAAUGCGGAAUCAAUUGCCGCUCAAGAAAUCCAGGAGGAUGAUAUGGAUGUUGGAGAUUUGCUACCGCCGCCUCAACCAGCUCAGAACUAUCCCGAUAUGCCUCUGGUAUCUUCGCUCCCGGGUACAACAGCAUCUCCCAUUCGAGUUCCUUUUGGAAAUGGGAAAGGCGAAUUGAUCGAUCUUCCCGGCUUAGCACGAAGCGAUUUGGAUCUGUUCGUAAAGGAGGAGUGUCGCCAAUCCAUGAUCAUGAAGAAGCGCAUCGUGCCUGAGCAGAUUUCCAUGACGCCUGGCAAAUCUCUCAUCUUGGGAGGAGGACUUAUCCGCAUCACGCCUAAGAACCCCAACUUGGUAUUUCUUGCAUACAACUUCACGCCCCUGGACGAGCAUCUCACUCAAACAGAGAAGGCUAUUGCUUUCCAGGACCAGACGAGGGAAUCUAUGGGUGUGCCUAGUAUCAUGCUCCCUGGUAUUGGAGACAAGAUGAAACAUGCAGGGACGUUCAAGCUAUCUCACGAUGUCACCAGGAAGAGGGCAGGACCUCUUACAAGAAAGAACGCAGUUGGCUUGAAUGUCGACAGGCUACCUUUCAGGGUACUAUCGACAGAUAUCCUUAUUGAGGGUGUCGGCUAUGUUGAAAUUGUCGCUCAAGUUCGCGCUCAGGAUAUUGCUAUGAAGGUGUUUACUCAACAGCAACAAUCCGAGUUCGAUGAGAGGGCCAGGCAGAAACGAGUUGAUACAUCUGAUCCUUUCGCUGCCAUGAAGUCUCAGCGAAGAGAUACAUCGGCAGCGCCUGUGGUAAAGAAGCGCAAAGAGCCUGAGCCUCCACCACCAGAACCUUCCUGGCCAGCGGUCGAAGUUUUCAGCCCUGAAGGUCGAUUCAUCGGCACUCGCCAACCUCUACAAGGAUGGAUUCAUAACAAACCUCGAGUAUUACCGGAACACAAGAGGAGUAGACCUCGAAGGAGUAUGAAGGGCGCGAAAAAGAACGCCAAAGCUGUGAAGAGAGCUGCAGCAUGA